AUGGGCUUCCGCAGCGGCUUUGUCAUCUCCUCGACCUCCUUCCUCUUCGGUGUCAUCUUCAUCGCUUCGAUCUACGACUUCCCUCUGCUUUACUUCUCCAACCUUUCCGAUUCCGCCAUCGAAGCUGCCGAACGCUUCUACCUUUCCGUCUUCAAUGCACCUCUCGCCGUCACCGCUCUGCUUCACGGCAUGAUGGGACUUGGAGUCAUCGGUCUGAUCGCCAAGCUGCAUCGAUGGAACGAAAUGGCAAAGUACUUUGACGGAGGAUCGCUCGCCCUCUUCAUGGGUGCCAUCUGCAUGUACCUCGGUGUAGCCGUACCCAACCUGCGAUUGAUCGCGGAUCCCACCAACGAAAAGCUCGUCUGGAACUCGGCCAUCGCGACCCAGCGUCAAUCCCAGCUCGAGGCGUUCAACAAGGGAGAGAGCGAUUUCAAGCCCAGCGACGGCCCAAUGACCCAAGACGAAAAAGUCGCCGCCAUCAGAAUCGUCAGCGCAAGCAACACCAUCUGCAUCGUCCUCCUCGUCGGUGUACUCGUCCUCCAGAUCAGCGAAUGGUACCUCGAAAGACAGGACGCCGUCGAGGCAGAGAAGAAGAGGAGACAGCAGGCAAAGGAGCUCGCAGACGCCAAAAAGGCAAAGUAG